CUUGUGUACCUGGGCGGAUCCAUUCCUGGGAGUGCACAGGGGGUGGAGUGACCCGGAGAGCCACCGCGCACUGGGUCAGUUGUCCCGGGAGAGCCGAAGGCAUGAGUUUCGUCCAAGUUUUUUUUGUAGGCUAGAACUCCUGCAGGGUGGGGAAAAUGGACUUGGAUUAGGGGCCGGGCGGAGCAACUACCCUUCUCGGCCUUGGUGCUCGCCGCGCCCCCUACUCUCGGGAUACUUGGGAGGGGACGCGCGGGCUCCGUCGCUGCUAGACGGCCGCGAUGGCGCCGGCGCCCAGCGCGCGUGCUGGGGCGCCUGGCUACCGCCCGGCCACUAUACUCUUCGUGUGGCUCUUUCUCAUCAUUUACUGUCCAGCCCCUGCCAGCACCAUCCAGGUGACUGUGUCUGACCCCUACCACGUAGUGAUCCUGUUCCAGCCAGUGACGCUGCCCUGCACCUAUCAGAUGAGCAACUCAAUCUCAUCCCCCAUCGUGAUCUGGAAGUACAAGUCAUUCUGCCGAGACCGAGUUGCCGAUGCCUUCUCCCCCGCCAGCGUGGAGAACCAGAUAAAUGCCCAGCUGGCUGCUGGCAACCCUGGCUACAACCCCUACGUGGAGUGCCAGGACAGUGUACGCACUGUCAGGGUGGUGGCCACCAAGCAGGGCAAUGCUGUGACCCUAGGGGACUACUACCAGGGCAGGAGGAUCACCAUCACAGGAAAUGCUGACUUGACGUUCGAGCAGACGGCCUGGGGGGACAGUGGGGUGUAUUACUGCUCUGUGGUCUCAGCCCAGGAUCUGGAUGGGAACAACGAGGCCUAUGCAGAGCUCAUUGUCCUUGGCAGGACCUCAGAGGCCCCUGAGCUCCUACCUGGUUUUCGGGCGGGGCCCUUGGAAGAUUGGCUCUUUGUGGUCGUGGUCUGCCUGGCGGGCCUCCUCCUCUUCCUCCUCCUGGGCAUCUGCUGGUGCCAGUGUUGUCCCCACACUUGCUGCUGCUACGUCAGAUGUCCCUGCUGCCCAGACAAGUGCUGCUGCCCCGAGGCCCUUUAUGCUGCUGGCAAAGCAGCCACCUCAGGUGUCCCCAGUAUCUAUGCCCCCAGCAUCUACACCCACCUCUCUCCUGCCAAGACCCCACCACCACCACCUGCCAUGAUUCCCAUGGGCCCUACCUACAGCAGGUACCCUGGAGACUUUGACAGGAACAGCUCAGUCGGCGGCCACAGCUCCCAGGUACCUCUGAUGCGUGAUAUGGAUGGCAGUGUGUCUUCGGAAGUACGAAGUGGCUACAGGAUACAGGCUAACCAGCAGGACGACUCCAUGAGGGUCCUAUACUACAUGGAGAAGGAGCUAGCCAACUUUGACCCUUCCCGGCCUGGCCCCCCUCCCAAUGGGAGAGUGGAACGGGCCAUGAGCGAAGUCACCUCCCUCCAUGAAGAUGACUGGAGGUCUCGGCCUUCCAGGGGCCCUGCCCUUCCCUCAAUCCGGGAUGAGGAGUGGAAUCACCACUCACCUCGGAGUCCCAGAAUGUGGGAGCAGGAACCCCUUCAAGAACAGCCAAGGGGUGGCUGGGGAUCCGGGCGGCCCCGGGCCCGCUCUGUGGAUGCUCUGGAUGACAUCAACAGGCCUGGUUCCACUGAAUCAGGAAGGUCUUCUCCCCCAAGUAGUGGGAGGAGAGGACGGGCCUAUGCACCUCCCAGAAGUCGCAGCCGGGAUGACCUCUAUGACCCCCAUGAUCCUCGAGACUUGCCACAUUCCCGAGACCCUCACUACUAUGAUGACUUAAGGUCUAGGGACCGCCAUGCUGACCCCAGGUCCCAUCAGAGAUCCCGGGACCCUCGGGAUGCUGGCUCCAGGUCACGGGACCCUCAUUAUGAUGGGCGACUUUUAGAAGAGGCCUUAAAGAAAAAGGGGUCUGGGGAGAGAAGGAGACUUUACAGGGAGGAAGAGGAGGAGGAAGAGGAGGGUCGCUACCCCCCAGCACCUCCACCUUACUCAGAGACUGACUCGCAGGCCUCGCGGGAGCGGAGGAUGAAGAAGAAUUUGGCCCUGAGUCGGGAAAGUUUAGUCGUCUGAUUCCACGUUUUGUAUGUAGCUUUUAUACUUUUUUUUUUUUUAAUCGGAGUACUGAUGAAACUCUUCUUCACCAAGCCUAAUAAAACACCUAAUCACAA